AUGGCGGAACCCGAGGAUGUUGAAGAAGACCUUUUCGCCGAUCUGUACGAUGCCGAUGACACUGCAGCCCAGACGACAUCACUUGUAGAGCUUUCACGGGCGUCAGAUCCCAUCGCCUCCGCUCCAUCUGUUCAUACCACAGAACAUCAACCGCUUUACACCGAGCAGAGCCAUGUUGAGACCGAAGCGGGCGGAACCUACCAGUAUUCGCACCAGCCUGGACGUCACCAAGGAGUAGAGAUUGGAGGCGCCGGUUUUGCGAAUCAUUCUGCAACUCCAGCCGGCGAUUCUGAGCCUCAGGGAACGGGAAUCAAAGAAGACGGGUGA